AUGGCUGUGAUAUUUCAGUCUGUAAAGACUAGAGGUGAAGAUAAAAUAUGUGUCGUUCAGUUCCUACUGGAUGGAUCCCAGUUUGGCCAAGGAGACUCUGUUGUGUUCAAUACAGAACAAGCUCCUCUCCCAAAUUCAGGAACAGGAUUUUGUACGGGAACAAGUAAACAGUCAGAGACAGAUUUGUCCAGUACUCUGAAGGGAACAUGUAAACAAUCAGAGACAGAUUUGUCCAGUACUCCAAAGGGAACAAGUAAACAGUCAGAGACAGAUUUGUCCAGUACUCUGAAGGGAACAAGUAAACAAUCAGAGACAGAUUUGUCCAGUACUCCAAAGGAACAAGUAAACAGUCAGACAGAUUUGUCCAGUACUCUGAAGGGAACAUGUAAACAAUCAGAGACAGAUUUGUCCAGUACUUCAAAGGGAACAAGUAAACAGUCAGAGACAGAUUUGUCCAGUACUCCAAAGGAACAAUCAGAGACAGAUUUGUCCAGUACUCCAAAGGAACAAGUAAACAGUCAGACAGAUUUGUCCAGUACUCUGAAGGGAACAUGUAAACAGUCAGAGACAGAUUUGUCCAGUACUCUGAAGGGAACAAGUAAACAGUCAGAGACAGAUUUGUCCAGUACUCUGAAGGGAACAAGUAAACAGUCAGAGACAGAUUUGUCCAGUACUCCAAAGGGAACAAGUAAACAAUCAGAGACAGAUUUGUCCAGUACUCCAAAGGGAACAUGUAAACAAUCAGAGACAGAUUUGUCCAGUACUCUGAAGGGAACAAGUAAACAAUCAGAGACAGAUUUGUCCAGUACUCUGAAGGGAACAUGUAAACAGAGACAGAUUUGUCCAGUACUCCAAAGGAACAUGUAA